AUGAUAGAGCAGAAAUGCAAGGAAAUAAUGAACGAGUUUGAAGAGAGGAUCACAACAAUCGAGGAAGCUCUGAAGAAUAAAUGUGACGAGCGAAAAGUAAGGGACAUUAUAAAAGAGGAGCUGGCUUCAGGAACAAAAGGAGAUACACCACAGGAAUCAACAACAACACAGCAAAAGGCAACAUCCAACACGCAGGAAGUUCUCACGGAACUAGAGGACAGAAAGAAGAGGGAAAAUAACAUUCUAGUCUUUGGAGUAAAAGAACAAACUAACAAUGAUGGAAGUGAGAGGAAAAAACAGAAAAAUCGUACGGCAAACAAAGAAAGAAAAUUAGAUCCAGACAGGACAAAAAACCACCGAAACUCUCAGGAUCGUCUGAAAUGUUUUUACACAAAUGCCGACAGUUUACCAAACAAAUUACAUGAACUAAAAUUUAGAUUAACAGGCAAAGAAGCUGAUAUAAUUGGAAUUACAGAAAUAUACCCGAAAAAUGCCAGAUAUCUACCUCAGAAGUCUGAAUUUCUCAUCAAUGGUUACGAUCUAUUUAUGAAUGAUAACAACAAAAAUUGUCAUAGGGGAGUUGGUAUAUACGUAAAGGAAGGAUUUAAAGGUGGAGAAGUAAAUAUAGGAAAUGUAUUCAAGGAAAGCGUAUCGGUGAAAAUCAAUUUGUCAGAUAAGAAUUGCUUACUUAUAGGAUGCCUAUAUAAAAGCCCUAAUUCAAGUGCAGAAAACGUGGAGGAGCUAAACAAUAUAAUCGCAACAGUGUCAUCUAACCCAGCAUAUAGUCAUUUGUUACUAAUAGGAGAUAUUAACAUGCCAAAAAUUAACUGGAAUACUUGGUCAUCCAACAAUGAUAGGGAAGGAGAAAACUUUAUUGAAUGCCUAAGAGACAACUACUUGUACCAACAUGUAAGAGAACACACCAGGGACAGAAAAGGAAACGAACCCAGCAUCCUGGAUCUUAUUAUAACAAAUGAGGAUGAAAUGAUAAAAGAUAUCUCUUAUGAAAGUCCUAUUGGAAGUAGCGAUCAUCUGGUACUUAUAUUCGAUAUUUUCUGCAAAACACUACAAUCAGUAAAUGAAACACCACGCUUGAAGUACAGUAAGGGGGAUUACAAUGGUAUGAGAGGAGAAAUGCCAGAUGACUGGACAGGAAUCAUGCAUGGAAAUAUAGCAGAACUCCACCAGGGAAACAAAAAGGAUCACAUGCCACUAAAAGAGUCUAUUCUGAAAAAGAUUAACAAAAAACACAGAGCAUGGCAGCGCUACAUGGAAACCAAAUCUGAAGAAAAAUAUAAGGAAUAUGCGAAAAUCAGAAACCAGCUGAAAUGGGGAGUCAGAAAAUCCAAAAGAGAACUUGAGAAAAAAAUUGCCGAGGAUAUUAAGGAACAACCUAAGAAAUUUUGGAAAUAUGUCAACUCCAAAAGAAAGGUCAAAACUGGAAUUUCGGACCUUAAGGGUCUGAACGGAGAUGAUACAAAAAUUGCAGUGAGAGAUAAGGACAAAGCCGAAGUUCUCGCCAAGUUCUUCAGCAGUGUUUUUACCCAUGAACCCCUAGGAGACCUACCAGAAUUCAACAAAAGCAACAUAGUUCACCCGUUUGAGGAUAUCAUAUGCACUCAGCAAAAGGUUGAAAAACUGCUGUCGGAUCUAAAUGAAAAUAAAUCUCAAGGACCAGACAUGAUGCACCCUAAAAUACUGAAAGAACUACGAAAACAUAUCAGUAAACCUCUGUCAGAAAUAUUUAACAAAUCACUACAGGACGGUAAAUUACCAAAAGCUUGGAAAGAGGCAAACAUUACUGCUGUUUUCAAAAAGGGCUCAAAAUCAGAGGCAGGGAACUACAGACCAGUCAGUUUAACCAGCAUAGUAGGAAAAACAUUGGAAAAUUAG